AUGGAUGCGAGUUACGCGCCUCCCGCUAGAGGAAACACUCUUAGUCGUAAUAAAACUUUAAGUAGACCCGAACGUUAUCAAGCCGCUACUCCUCUUUUAACUGGUAAAAAAGAAAGAAAACCCCUCGACCCAUGGGUUAUAUUUUCUCGUAUAGUUACCUUUUGGGCACCUAAUGUUAUUUUAUCCAAAUUUGGUUUUCACGAUAAACAAUCUCAACAAGCUUGGCGUGAAAAAGUUACUCUAUGUUUCCUUGCAUUUCUUAUGGGUCUCCUUGUUGUCUUUUUAACUGUUGGGUUAAGACCUUUGUUAUGUCCUGACUCGCAGCAGAACUCUUAUUUAUAUCUAAACUAUGGAGAAACUGCCGGUUUUCUUGGAAUUUUGGGUUGGCAAUUUAAUGCUACGGCCACCAAUAAUACUGAAUUACAAAAAUUAAUUACAUCAACUGAAAAAAGUGGUCAAGAUAUUACUUACCUUUUCAAAAGAAGUAAUUCUGAUAUACCAGGUUGCUUAGAUAGUUCCAUACAAAAUUUUGCUGCAGUUACAUUACCUUUAUGUAAUGAUACUUCUAGUAAUUCAACUUGUCCCCUUGAUUAUUUAAAUGAUAUAACCACCAUCGAGAAGGACUAUAAUAUAAAAAAUUCUUCAAAGUUAGUUGGAUAUGAUUGGGAGGAACUUUGGAAUUUGACAAAUUAUUUGGUUUUUGAUGGCGUAGUACUUAAUUUCGAUCCCUACAUAAAAGCUUAUCCUAAUCCUUUGAAUGAUACGAAUGAUAUGGUUGAUAGUAUCAUUCGUGAUGCAUUAAACACUGAUCAUCCGGAAGGUGGAAAAGAUGCUACCCGUUUAUUCUUUGGACAUAAAAAUACAAAACAAGCCGUUUUAAAAUGUCUCACUCAAAAAUAUUACGCAGGUCAUAUAAGCAAACAAACUAUUGGUUGUUUUACUUCAGAUCUAUUUAAUCUCAUUAUGUUGGUAACAAUAUUGAGUAUCAUAAUAGUCCGAUUUUUAAUGGCUUGCAUUUUUGAUUGGUUUAUAUCUCAUCAACUCGCUCGUAAACCUAAAACAACAAAGAAAAACGUUAUAUCUCCUCAAGUUAUUGCCGCUGGUCAAUCUAGGCAUCAAGCUGCGCCUUGGGCUCAUCAAAGUGAUUCGGGUUCUGCGAUUAAAACUAUUAAUAUGAAUGAAAUUGGAAAUGAUUUAUUCACAGUUUUACUUGUUACUUGUUAUUCUGAAGGAGAAAGUGGAUUAAGAAUGACUUGUGAAUCCAUGGCUGCGACAACAUAUCCAGAUGACCGUAAAUUAUUGUUUCUUAUAUGUGAUGGUAAUAUUACUGGUCAUGGUGAAAAACUAAGUACACCAGAAAUUGCUAUCAGUCUUAUCAAAUUGGAUGAAAAUUUUCUUGAUCCUCAACCUCAAAGUUAUAUCGCUGUUGCAGCUGGAUCUAAACGACAUAAUAUGGCCAAAGUUUAUUGCGGACAUUUCCAUCGACGUGUUCCAACAAUACUUGUUUCCAAAUGUGGUACCCCCGAAGAACAAAAGAAACCAAAAGCCGGUAAUCGAGGAAAACGUGAUUCCCAAUUGAUUCUCAUGAAUUUCUUUAAAUCAGUCACGUAUAAUGAUCGUAUGACGGCAUUGGACUAUGAUUUAUUUAAAAAAGUCACUCAUUUAAUGAAUUGUACUCCUGACUAUUUCGAAAUUGUGUUAAUGGUUCUUUAUCCCGACUCACUUAGAUUGUUGAUAAAUUGUAUGUGCAAUGAUGAAUUAAUUAUGGGUCUUUGUGGUGAAACAAAGAUCGCGAACAAACGUGACUCUUGGGUAACAGGAAUUCAAGUUUUUGAAUAUUAUAUUUCUCAUCAUUUGGGUAAAGGAUUUGAAUCAGUAUUUGGGGGUGUUACCUGUUUACCUGGAUGUUUUUGUAUGUAUCGACUUAAAGCACGUAAAGGAGAUAAUGAUUGGGUACCAAUUAUUACAAAACCAGAAAUUGUUGAUGAAUAUUCUCAAAAUGAUGUGGUCACAUUACAUCAAAAAAAUUUAUUACUUCUUGGUGAAGAUCGUUUCUUGACUACUCUUAUGUUAAGAAAUUUCCCUAACCGAAAAAUGACUUUUUGUCCACGAGCUAUAUGCAAAACGGUUGUACCCGAUGAAUUUAAUGUAUUACUUUCUCAACGUCGUAGAUGGAUUAAUUCAACAAUUCAUAACUUAAUGGAACUUGUUCUUGUUCGAAAUCUUUGUGGAACUUUUUGUUUUUCUAUGCAAUUUGUAAUAUUUAUGGAAUUAUGUGGAACAAUUGUUUUACCUGUUGCUAUAUUAUUAACCUUUUGGUUGAUCAUAGCAUCGAUUAUGAAUCCACCUUCAGAUUUUUCAGAAGCUACACCAUUAAUGAUGUUAGCAGCAGUGCUUGGCUUACCUGCUAUAUUAAUUUUAAUAACCACACGUAAAUUAAUAUAUAUUGCAUGGAUAAAAGUUGAAGGGGAAGGAAAGGGAGAUGAUCAUGGUAAGAAAGAAGGAGAAUUUGAUUCUUCUAAAGUUCCAUGUAAACGAUGGGUAGAUUGGGAACGUCAUAGGAUUCGUAAAAAUAAACGACAAAAUAAACAACUAGCUUCACAUUUAACACAUCAAUCAACUUAUGAUGAUGAUGAAAAAACGGGAUUAUUACCUAGUACAUAUGAAGGUUCGGCAUCAAUUGCUUCUGAUAUUGGUCAAGAAGAAUAUUAUGAUUAUAAUGCUCCUCCUGAAACUUCAGCAACUUAUCCUCCACAACAAUAUGAUCAAUAUCAAUCUGUACAAUUUGAAGAUGUCGGAUUUACCCGUGACAUCGCAAAAUUAAUUAAUUUAACAUCAUCAUUCUCAACAUGA